CUCCACGCCCAACGCAGAUAAACACAAAAGUAUCAUCUCCCUUUCUUCUUCAAGAAUCAACAUCUCUCGUUGCUCAGCUCGCUGCAAACUUCUCUGCAUCGAUCAUCGUCUAUCUCCUCGUCGCCACCCGCGGAACAAUGGCUUCUUCUUCCACCGCCAGAAGUAGCCGCGUGGCCAUAUGCCUCGUGCUGAUUCUCCUGGCCGUCAGCCUGCGAGAAGCCUCCGCCGCUGCGCGUCCGCUUCGGCCGGCCGGCGACGUGUCCAGCGAGGUGAAGGACCAGGCGAUCGUCGACAAGUACGCGCCGCUUUUGCUCGCCAUGCUGCCGAGGGCCCCAACGCCGCCGUCCGCCCCGAGUGGUGGCACGAACGAGGCCGGGAACUGAUUAAAAGCAAACGCAGGGUUUUCCAGUAGGAUGGAUCGAUCGAUCUCUAGAAGAGAAAUCGUUAGGCAUAAGUAUGAUCAGUGGUUGAUGGUUUGGUCUGUUUUGCAGUAUUGGAUAAUUGUACAGGAUUGUUAGAGUGGAUAAUGGACAUAAUGUGUAGGAUACUAGCUAGGAUAUACCCCAAAGUGAUACCUUCAUUCUUUUGCUUAU